AUGGGAAUAAUAUUUAGUUGGAGCUGUAACAACAUUUUUCAAAUUGGACUGUGCUGUACAUCUACAAAUAAUAACACCGCAGUGAACAGCACAUGGGCGCGUAUGGCGGGCGGUGCUUGGAAACGCAGUGCAUCGCGCGUGCGCACUCUGCGCCUGCUGCUGCGUGACACUGCGCGCGCGCUUCAAGACGUGCAGGAGAUACUCACUGUUGAUUCCGAUGUUCCACAAAUUGUACAAGAAAUAACAAGUCAGUGUUGUCGACCGACGGCUCUGGUUAUACUUGGUAGUUCUCCGUCUGCACGAGCUCGGCUUUUAAACUGUAUUCUAGGAAGAAAUCUGUUACCGGAGUUUUUACCGAAGGGUUGUAGAUGGAUCCGAAUACAAUAUGGCGUGUCGACGCAAGUGCACUUAACUGUAGGGAACUCCGAGUUCGAGCUCGUCGAGGAGCUGGAGUGCAACCGACAACCGUGGGACACAUUACCGUUACAGGAUGUCCUCCGACAAGAAACAGAUCUAGGAACUACACUCGAAAUCGAACUUAACAACUCCUUUCUAAAAGACGGUCUAAAAAUAAUCGUACCACCAGACAUAAGCGAAUCUGAGUCAGGAAAUUAUGUAUCCUUAAAAAGAUUACAUUCCGAAUUAUAUUCCAAAAAAUCUGCCAUUUUGCAAAACUUCACACCAAUUUAUUUGUUCGCUUUAAAUAAGUACGGACGAAAUAUUUUUGGUGAUAAAAUUUCUAAAGUCACAUCCUCUAGUGAGUUUUGGUCGACUCUUGAUUUGUACAAAGAAAGAGAAGGAGAUGAGAAUGAAAGGAGAGAUAAAGAUGGAAAUGAUGAUUGGAAGGAGAGUUGUGAACCGCCAGUUAUCAGUUCGGAGAACUGUCUCGACCUGCACCAAAUCAAAGAAAUUGAUGCCAAUUCCCAAGUGCUAUUCAUACUAUUCUCCAACAGUGAAAUGCAAAAGAGCCCCCAACCCUUUUCCAGUGACGCCACUGAGUCCACUGAGCUAUGUCACACUGAGGAACUGCCAGAAUCUGACCAAGGGUUGAAAAACGAUUUGAGGGGAAAUGUUAGCACAGAACAAAAAGGUAACAGACGACGGCAGGAGGAGCAGAUUGCGUUCAUGAACGAAUUGUUGGAUCAGUGGGAGUUGAUAACGAGUCCGCCGCAAAAACAUCACGUAAAGAGUCAAUGGUCGAUUGUGGAUGAUGUACAAAUAUUGAAGGAUUCCGAAAGAGAUACAGAACAUAAGAAGAAGAAAGACACAGAUAGUGAUAGAACGGUGAAGAGUCGGAGUGUCCUGUUGAAUAUCGUGCUGAAGUUCGCUACGGAGUGCUCGCAAAGUUAUCUGUUGGAUCAAUGUAAAAGACUGAGUGAGAUUCACAACAAGUUACUGCAGCAGUUCAUCCUGGCGUCGUUCGACAUGGCGCGGGAGCUGCAAAUCGUACCCAAAAAGAUACAGUACGUGGCGCGGCAGGAGCAGCAGCUGUAUGAGACAAUGAACGAGAAAUUCUCGCAAGGUGAAAAGAAAAGAGAGUUGCUACAGAUAAUGCAGGAAGUGUUGGAGGAAAUGAGAUCUGAAAUUAACAACAUGGACUGGAGUGUCGAUGACCUCCCUUGUCAUCAAGACAAGAGAUUCUCUAUGUCCAACUCAAUCUUCUAUUCAACUCGAAGCAGUCCAACAAUCUCACUGAGUCUGAAUCAAAAUGUUGACUCGAAUGACUCGGACCCCGACGACGUGGAAGAAGCGGAGUCGUACGAGAGCUACAAUUUUGAUGAUUAUGAGAUAAUUCAUUCGAAUGAAGAAAGUAUGACCAAUAGCGAUGGGUUUGAGCCGCUUACAUCAAAAACAACCCCAUUAUUAGACUCCACCAAUAUCCCCAUAGAAAACGAGACGGAGCUAUACUCCCUCUCGGUCGCGCGCAGCGCCGGCGGCUGCUCGCGCACGGUCUCUAGCCGCCAGGCCUCGCUGGACGUGCAGCGCACCGUUUUAUCGAAAUUGAGUCGAAAAAUCAGUCUAAAGCUAGUCAAGUUCGUGGAUUGUUUAAAGGACUCCUAUUUUGGUACUUUGCAAAGCAAGAUGUUCGUAUCGCGUGGCGGCAGAUGCCUGGAGUCGCUGGAGGGGUCGUGCCGGCGCGAGCUGGGCGGGCGGCCCGCCAGCGAGGCCGUGCGCCAGCUGCUGUCCGUGGCGCGGCACGUCGACCUCACGCCCUGCGCCGAGUGCUCGCUGCUGGCCGACCUGCUCGACUCCUUGAGGAGGCUCUUCUAUAGGCUGCGGCUGUCGCGCGGCGCGGCGGGCGCGUGCUGUGCGCUGGCGCCGGCGUGGCGGCGGCGCGCGGCGCUGGCGGCCGCGCACUCGCUGUCGCCGCCGCGCCUCGCCAGGCUCAUCUCACUGCAGAUACUGGAGCGGCUGGGCACGGCGCACGAGCGCUACCAGUCGGCGUUGGGCGCGCUGGAGGCCGCGCUGGCGGGCCGCCUUCACCACACCGAGGACGUCAAGCUCGCCAUACGCAAGAAAUAUGCACCGGCGUUUGCGCGCCUCUGUCUAGAGAGUACGUCGAUGUGCGACCUCCUCAUGUAUGGGACGCCGGAGUUGGGCCGAGAGAUAGGGCGCGGGCAGUACGGCGUGGUGUACGCGGCGCGCGGCGCGUGGGGUGGCCGCCGUGCCGCCGCCGUCAAGUCCGUGCUGCCGGCCGACGAGCGCCACUACCACGAGCUCGCCAUGGAGUUCUUCUACACCAGGAGUAUCCCCCCGCACCCGCGUAUCGUGCGGCUGCUGGGGUCGCUGGUGCAGCGCAGCGGCGGCGGCGGCGCGCCCGGCGUGCUGCUGGUGUCGGAGCGCCGCGCGCGCGACCUGCACGCCGCCGUGCGCCUCGGCCUGUCGCGUGCGCGGCGCAUGCAGGUCGCCUGCGAUAUCGUAGAGGGUAUCCGCUACCUCCACUCCCUGGGGCUGGUGCACCGGGACAUAAAGCUGAAGAAUGUCCUGCUGGAUGAGCAGGAUCGUGCUGCGCUGUCGGACCUGGGGUUCUGCGCGGCGGCGGCGCUGGUGUCGGGGUCGCUGGUGGGCACGCCCGUGCACAUGGCGCCCGAGCUGCUGGCCGGCCGGUACCACGCCGCCGUCGACGUGUACGCAUUCGGGAUACUGUUCUGGUACUUAUGUGCAGGGCACAUCAAGCUUCCGUCCGCAUUUGAAACGUUCCAGAAUAAGGAACAGCUUUGGAGCAAAGUUAAAAAAGGGCUACGCCCCGAGCGUCUUCCGCAGUUUAGCGACGAAUGUUGGGAAGUAAUGGAGUCGUGUUGGGCCUCCGAACCCUCGCAAAGAGCUUUACUUGGAGAUAUUCAACCAAAACUAGAGAGGAUAUUAGAGAAAACCCUUCGAGAAGACAAAGGGCAAGUCGCCUUUGAAAGAAACGAUCUGUCAGACGAUAGUUUGGAUAUGACUGGAUUGUACGAUGGAAAGAACUUA